GGAUCUUUGAUGACGUGUGAACACAUUUUGGUAGGAGAAGAGCAGAAAGGAGGCUGGAGUCUAUCCAUCUACUGCUCAGUCUAACCUCGAAUUUCAGGUAGAAUAAUGGCAGGAACGUAUCGACAUGACCGGGAGAUGGCAAUAAAUGCCAAGAAGCAGCUGAGUGAGUGCUCGGACCCAGUGGAACGGCUGCGGCUGCAGUGUUUGGCCCGUGGAUCAGCAGGGAUUAAAGGUCUCAGCAGAGCUUUUCGGAUUAUGGAUGACGACAACAGCCGAACGCUGGACCUGAAGGAGUUCAUGAAGGGUCUGAAUGACUACGGGGUUCUCAUGGAGAAAGAUGAGGCCAUUGUACUUUUCCAGCAAUUUGACAAGGAUGGAAGUGGACAGAUUGACUUUGACGAGUUUCUCCUCACUCUCAGGCCACCGAUGUCCAAUGCGAGGAAGGAAGUGAUUAUGCAAGCGUUCCGAAAGCUAGACAGGACUGGUGAUGGUGUGAUCACUAUUGAAGAUCUAAGAGGAGUGUAUAAUGUAAAACACCAUCCCAAAUAUCAGAAUGGGGAAUGGACUGAGGAGCAGAUCUUCCGCAAAUUCUUGGACAGCUUUGAUUCUCCUGAUGAUAAGGAUGGAAAGGUCACGAAAGAGGAGUUUGUCAACUAUUACAGUGGAGUCAGUGCGUCCAUAGACCGCGAUGUCUACUUUAUUCUGAUGAUGAAGACGGCAUGGAGGCUAUGAGAGUCAUGUAAUUGUAUUUGAUGAUUUGACAUUUUUAUGAAGCAUUGAUUGUAUAUAAAUAACCAAUAAUAUUUGUGAAUUGUGAAAAUUUUCACCUUUGGUUUCUCUGUCUUUUUGGUUACCAAAUU